GCGAGCGAGCCGUGCUGCUUUUCAGAAUUACAAAGAAUUGUUUGUGGUCAUUAUUGAUUUGUGAACUGCUGCUUUGGUAACUAAGUUGAGUUAAUGGAUUUUGUUUUUCCAAGUUGGCCUAAAUAAUUACCUUCAGGUGCACAUGGGUUUUGAAAUCCAGGACUUUAAACCACAGUACAACCACACAUUUCUGUCCAGUGGCCAGCGGCCUUCGUCAUUGUCAUCGGAGAACUGUGCCAAGGUCGAGGCUGUUCCCCCGGAAUGUGAUGCGCACUUGAUUCUCCUGAAGGAAGAGGAGAGCUGCUACGAUUUACUUCAUCGGCUGAGACAGAAUCUAUCAGAUGUCGGGUCCAAUCGGACAGUCUGUGAAGGGAUGUGGGACUCCCAGGGGUGCUGGUAUCCUGCUGUUGCCGGGGAGACUGUGGCUGUUUCCUGUCCUGAGCUGCUCAUCACCCUGACCGGGGUCACAGGAUGGGUUUAUAGGAACUGCACCUCGGAAGGCUGGUCACAUUCCUUUCCGGAACAUCACGUCGCCUGUGGAUACGAUAGCAACGUCUCUGGAAUUACUACCGAAACAGGACAUUACUUCAAGUAUAUGAAGAUCAUGUACUCUGUGGGCUACGGCUUAUCUCUUGUCUCCCUGAUCAUAGCAAUUGGCAUCCUCUGUUUUUUUAGGAAACUCCACUGCACACGGAAUUACAUCCACAUCCAGCUCUUCACGUCCUUCAUUCUCCGUGCCUUGUCGGUCUUUGUCCGGGAUGCUGUUCUCUUUUCUAAUAAUGACAUUUAUCAUUGCAACGUCUACCCGGUCGGGUGCAAGAUGGUGAUGGUCUUCUGCCACUACUGCAUCAUGGCCAACUACAGCUGGCUGCUGGUCGAGGGUCUGUACCUCCACACCCUGUUGAACGUGUCGUUCUUCUCGGAGAGGAAGUUUUACUGGUGCUAUCUAGGUCUCGGCUGGGGUUCGCCGAUGUUUUUUACGAUCGCCUGGUCUGUUGCCAAGAUGCUAUAUGAAGAUAUAGGGUGCUGGAACAGCAGCCAUAACACCACCAUCCGAUGGGUCAUUAGGGGCCCUGUCAUUACAUCCAUAUUGAUCAACUUUCUGUUUUUUAUUAGUAUUUUAAGAAUACUAAUGCUCAAACUGAAGACUCCAAAUGUCGGGGGAAAUGAUUUAAAUCAGUACAAAUAUGUCGCGCUGACCCCCAGAGGGUUUGUGGUUGCAGUUCUCUACUGCUUCCUUAAUGGGGAGGUGCAGUACGAGAUCCAGAGGAAGAGGAGGAGGAGGACCCUGCAGCAGUGCCUGCGGGACGAGCCCAGGCCCAACCACAGCUCCAUCAGCCACAGCGGGGCGGCGCCGACGCAGGUCUCGCUGCUGACCCGGGAGCAGAGGAACCCCAGCCACUGCGAGUCCAGCCUGGCCUGAGCCUGGCAGACGGGCAGGAGCCCAGCAGGGGGCGCUGGCGGUCGGUGUGGACGACGCCGUGACACCGGUGCACCAAGCUCUGUUUGAAAAGAGCCGGCAGUGACUGUGACUUCAAGCAGCUCGGUGAGCUUCAUUAAAGACUGCAAAGAGCAAUAAGAGUCUGCAAUACGUGGAACUAUAUCAGUUCAGCUGAAGGAAAUAUAUCAGUUUUAAUAAACCAAACAUUUCUUUGAGAGGGUCGGUGGCAAAGCUGUGCGGAUGACUUUGCAAGAGAGGCAGGUUAAAAAACUUACAGUAAUAGAAGCAGUUGUGAAUCCAGAAUAUAGUCACUUUGUUCUAAUCUUGCAGAGCAUGCCAAUGGUUCUCUAGGGCACUAGCACCAUGCCUGUCUUGGACAGUCUGAACUGAGCUGCAUGCUCGUGCAGAUAUUACUGUCAAUUGGAGAGUUUGCAGCCGUAUUCGUAACCACGCACUGUAAACGUUCGCUUUGCAACUUGGAUAAUACUUCUUCGGUACCCACCAGCCUAAUUCUCAAAAGCUGACGAGUGCACCAAACCAUAAGAGGGUUAAUCAUAACACAGGGGAAUUUCACAUCCGCUGCACUGCAAAUUGGGUACGAACCUCGCUUUCAAUGUUUGAACAGGGGAAGGUUUAAUUUCGGAUGGGAAUAGCAGCUGAUUUGAUUCCAGCAGCCUUCAGUGUUUGAUGAUGUAUUAGAGAAGCCCUGAAAACUGUACAGAGGCUGGACACUGUCAGAGGUCACUGUGAGGCUGUUGUGGUGAAGAUCUUGCCAGGCCUCUGUGCGUGUUCAGGUUAGCAGGCUCCUGAGCUGAGCUCUUACCUCGCAGAUGACCGAAUGGAAGGCAUGCAAACAAUGGAGACAGAGCCAGAUGUUUCUGUCGCAGUUAAUUAAAUCAAUAUAUUAAUUCAAUGUUUAUUUUUAAGUUGCAGAUCAAUAAUGUGUAGUGUUUCUUCGGUCUUUCGUUUCCUUUUGCACACUGAUGUUGCAUUUCAGGUGUGAACGGCCACAAUUUUACCUGUGUGAUAAUCGUACGAGUAGGAAAAUCUUUGCAGUGGAUGUCCUCAACCAGCUUUCAAGACGCUGUAAAUGCUUUUCAGUUUAUUGAAAGGUGCAGAUCUUCUAAAUGUAAAAUUUCAGCGUCUACUAAAUCAUCAGUGGUGAGAGACGUUUUCUGCUUAUUAUGUAAGUUGCUAAAAACUGAGGUGUUUGCGCAGCUGAUGAUAACUGAACUAAGAAAUGGAGCUUACAGACUCUGCUAGCACCGUUACCGAAGAGAUAUGUGCACUUCAAAUUGAAGUCCAGGUGAUAAUGCUGUAAAUGCAUCCUUUCUCACUAAAUUAAAUUCCUGUUCUUUAUUGUACUACCUGCCUUGUAAAUAUUUAUUGGUCUGUUUCAUGAUAGCUAGUCUUUGGUGUAGUAACGAUCUGACACGCCCACAGGUGAAAGCAAUCAGCUCUUGUCCUUUGAGGUGGUGGGAGGUGGAGCUACGAAGGACUUAAAAAAAAAAAACUUUAAAAAAAGCUGCUCAAAGAUUCAGACUCAGAGAGGAAUGGGUUUUUUUGUUUGUUUUGUGGAGAUACUCUCCGUGUCAUCCCUGACAAAUGUGGAAAAAGUGUGAAUAAUUUUAAAAGCCAAAAAAAAAUAUUGAAAGGGAUCAAGGAACAAAAAAGUCCUGUUUGUCCAGUUUUUCCAAAACUCGCACUCAGCUUGUGGAUGCUAAUAAAAACGUUCAUUGCUUUGUCAUAUCCGUGUUUAGUCUUCCAUUAUGGAACCGAUUUAGGUGAUAAAGUUGUUUAUGAUCUUUUAUAGGACUUGGGGAAAAGCUUUAAAAACAGAACACUGUCUAUUAGACACUCUGCUAAGUGUUAUUCCCUGAUGCAGCGUCACUUUUUAAUACCGUGUGGACCAUUAAGGAAGGCAUAAACAAGAUCAUGACCGCAGCCCCACCAAGGACAGGGAGAUGGAAAUCAACCUUUGAAAAGAUGAUAAAAGCAACCAAGAGAUGUGCAUUGGGCGAAUACUGCACUGGGGAAAAUAUAACAACUGUGCACAUCAUAAACCCACUUUAUGAAGAAAAAUAAAAUACUAAAUGAGAAAAUAAAAAACCUAAAAAUAGAUUGAAUACAUAAGCCUGUAAGACUGUUGAUAUGAGCAUAUAAAAAAAGGUUACAAAGGUUACAAAUGAGAGGACAACGUUUGGCCCAACUAACUUGUUUGUUUGCUGGUAGCUCGUACAACACUGUGUUCUCUCAAAAAACCUGUUUGAAAUGCACUUACGCGCUGUCUCCACUUGUGUGCUGUGGUGAAGUCUGAUGGGUUGACUCUGUCAAAGUCCUGGAGGAUUUUAAAUAUUGAAUCAGGUCUUUUUGUGGGUAACUCUAUUUGAGACUAAAAGGUUUUAGCCUUUCAGAACAGAACCUUAUUUUGCUAUAUGGUGACAAACAUUCUAAGUGAGGCCUAACUACUACAAUUAUUUGAAAUACUAUACUGUUGACUCUGUAUCCACUUAAAGUCUAGAUGAAGAUAAUGUGUCACUUAGCUUCUUCAAGUUAAGGAUUUUCCAUUUAUCAUGUUUUUUCCUACCUGCAGCAUGUGUAAUAGUCAGCUUUUGUUUACAUUAAAUGACAGGUGUUUGCCCAGUCCUUCA